AUGGUUAAGGAGGCUUUGGAUCUAGCAAAGGAAGAUGUUGAUCAGCUUUCAAUUUUUAUUUCGGAAUUGACGCGGAAACUAUCCCGAAAUAAUAGCACUCUCGGUACACAAUGGAGAAAAGUUCAAGUAACUCUAAAAGCUAGCAAAAUAGAAAAGUUCAAGGACAAUCUGGAGAGCAUAAAAAGUAUCAUGACCUUGCUGCAGGCGAGCAGAAAUCAGACGAACUUCUUCCUUGGCACUUUCGGUUCCAGAACCACUUCUACCACUCACCGAUAUGAUGAUGACGAUUCCUCGGAUGAUGCAGAUAACUUGACAACUACGAGAACUUACAUAGUUGAGUUCCUCGUAGGAUUCACAAUCUCCCGGAAAGGUCUUAGAGUAAUGACAACAGACACUUUUGAUAAUUACAUGCUUGAUGUGAUUCGACGACGACCAUAUAGUUCAGAGAUUUUUAUACUCUGUAGGAAAGGCGACGCAGGAGCAGUGAAAAGGUUGCUUGAUCGUGUCGAAGCAUCUAUUUAUGAUGUGGACGAAGAUGGGAUGUCUCUUCUACACAAAGCUGCGUCACAUCCAAAGCUUUGCCAAAUCCUUCCUGCUCGUGGGGCUGACGUAUACCUACGGGACGAUUAUGAUGCAUUGUUCGCGAAACAAUCGGAAUCAUUCAUCUUGAUGUGCGAAAUUGGUGGUUAUGAUCCUUGGCACUCAUAUGGACCAAGAGCCAUCCAACGCAAUAUUUGCGAUGAUAUUAGUGUGUAG